CCCGCUUUCAUCUAUUUCUCCCUCUCUCUUUCGCCAAUUUGCUGCCAUCGAUCAAGACAUUAUCGAGCCUCGAGUAUUCAAGAAAUGCAUAGAGAAGCCCAUUAGCAAUGGAGGUCGAGUAUUCAAGAAAUCGCUGUUCUCCUCGAAUCACCUUCAUCCCCUCAAGCGUUUAUGCUGACAUGGAGUUUGAAGAAGAUUGAUUGUCUUGUAUGCAGUUACUGUUUUCGGUUUAUUGGGUCAAUAAAACUUCAAAUUGGGAGGAAGCAAUGACAGUUAUAACAGUCUCAUAUCCUCAACAAGGUUUCCUUCAUUCUGAUAAAAGUGCAAUUACACCUCCAAAAUAUGCCCAAAGAUUACAUUUUUCAUCUAGGUCUCAGAGAAGUCUUUCUGAUGCCACCAGUAAACGAAGAAGAAUUCUAAAAGUUGUUGUGGUCACAGCAAAGUCAGGUAUGGUGAUUGAGAAACAAGAGGAAUUCAAGCCUUCAUUUGAAGAGUAUUUGAAAGCCAUGGAAACUGUUAAAAGUCGUAGGGAGAAGCGCAAAGUCUCCACAGAAACACCACCACCACCACCACCAUCAUCAUCAUCAUCAUCAUCAUCAUCAUCAUCACCUUUGCCUAAAACUGAUGAAGGAGCCCUUGAGUUGAGUGAUUCCCAAGAUCAAAUUAGCAUACAAAAGGUGGAAAAUUUGAAGCAAGUUGAAGUUAAGAAGACAUGGUAUAGAAAGAAAAUCGAUCCUAAAGAAACUCAAGUGGCUGAAAAGGUCAGAGAUAUUAACAGAAUCCCAGAAAAUAAUGAAAAGUACGAAAAUUUUCAAGGACAAAGGUUUAUCAUGAAAAGGGAUUCUGAUAUAAACUCUGUUUCAAGUGAAAGUUAUAUGAAACAUGCUGCUGUAAAUAAAGAAAAAACUGUUUUGUUGAAUUUGAAGCAAGAUGAUGUUAUGAAGAAAUGGACUCGAAAGAAGUUAGAUUCUAAAGAAGGCGAAAUAGAUACUAAUACCUUUCAGAAAAAUGAAGUAAAACAUGAUAAAUUUCAAGAACAGAGCUUUGACAUGAAGAAGGGUUCUGAAACCACAAGUAAAAGUUAUGUGAAGAAGACGAUUGUGAAAAGUAACAGAGUGAUUAAACAUGAUAAUUAUGAUAAUAUGGAUGUAGAAAGAAGUGCUUUUAAACCCCUUGAAGAAUUUCAAGAUGUUUAUGAUCAGCCCAGGGUUUCAAGAGUCGAUAUGGAGGAGAGAAUCCAAAGAUUAGCAAAAUGUUUGAAUGGUGCAUCUGUUGAUUCUCCUGAAUGGAAUUUCUCUAAGAUGAUGAGAAGUGCAAAAAUCAGAUUUGCAGAUUUUUCAAUGAUAAGACUUAUUCAGAUUUUAGGAAAUUAUGGAAACUGGAAGCAGGUGCUUCAAGUCAUUGAAUGGAUGCAAGCAAGAGAACGCUUCAAGUCUAACAGGAUAAGAAACAUUUACACUGCUGCACUUGAUGCACUUGGGAAGGCAAGAAGACCUGUGGAAUCACUGAAUGUAUUUCACACAAUGCAGCAAGAAAUGGCCUCAUAUCCAGACCUUGUAGCUUAUCGUUGCAUAGCUGUCACCCUUGGACAAGCAGGUCAUAUGAGGGAACUUUUUCAUGUGAUUGAUUCCAUGAAAUCUCCUCCCAAAACGAACCUGUCUACUGGUGUUCUUCAAAAAUGGGACCCACGUCUAGAACCAGAUAUAAUAGUCUAUAAUGCUGUGCUAAAUGCAUGUGUGCGUCAAAAAAAUCUACAAGGGGCAUUUUGGGUAUUGCAGCAGCUAAAGGAACAGGGACAACAACCUAAUACCAUAACAUAUGGACUCGUAAUGGAGGUAAUGCUUGCAUGUGAAAAGUAUAAUCUCGUUCACGAGUUUUUCAAAAAAAUGCAGAAAUCAUUUAUUCCAAAUUCCUUAACUUAUAAAGUUGUUGUGAAUACACUCUGGAAAGAAGGGAGAAUUGAUGAGGCAAUUGCAGCUGUUGAAGAUAUGGAAAAACGUGGAAUAGUUGGUUCAGCAGCAGUUUAUUAUGAUCUUGCUAGAUGCUUAUGUAGUGCAGGAAGAUCCGAUGAGGCUGUUGUUCAAAUUGAGAAGGUGUGUAAGGUGGCGAAUAAGCCUUUAGUGGUGACUUAUACUGGUUUGAUACAAGCUUGUUUGGAUUCAGGGAAAAUCGAAAGUGGAGUCAAGAUAUUCAACCAUAUGUGCAACUUUUGCUCCCCGAAUUUAGUUACUUAUAAUAUUAUGCUCAAAGGGUACCUCGAUCACAAUAGGUUUGAAGAAGCACAAAAGUUGUUUUAUAAAUUAUUGGAGAAUGGGAAACGUGUUACAAGUAAUGAUGAUUAUAGACACGUGGUGUUACCAGAUAUUCAUACAUUUAACUUGAUGUUAGACACGUGUUUUUUUAAUAAAAAAUGGGAUGAUGUUGAGUUUAUCUACACAAAGAUGCUACAACAUGGAUUCCACUUUAAUCCCAAACGUCAUUCCCGUAUCAUAUUAGAAGCCAGAAACGCUGGAAAGGUGAAUUUGUUGGAAACAACUUGGAAACAUUUAAUUGAGGGUGAUCAAAUCCCACCACCACUUCUUGUUGAAGAGAUGUUUUGUGUGAAUAUAGAGAGAGAUGAUUAUGCAGCUGCUUUCUCUUGUUUAAUCUCUCUUCCUUCAAGUGAAUCGCAUAAAUAUUCCCGAAAGUCAUGGUUGAAUCUUUUUAGAGACAAUCCUAACCUUUUUAGGGAGGAAAUACUUCAUAAGGUAAAAACUUUGUUGUCUAGAAAUGAAGAACUGAAUACAAUUCUUUUGAAUUUAAUGAAAUGUUGUAAAGAAAUUCUAGGGUCCUAUGAUUGA